AUGGCCUCGACCACNCCUUACCCGCCGCAUCGCUCACAUCCUUCGACUCGCAUCUCUCCCGAAGAUGCCUUCGCGUCAUUAACCAAGUUCAUCGCUGCUUCCGAAUCCACUCCUUGGCUGCACCCGGAUGCCCGUAUCACUCCCGAUGAGAUCAAAUACUCGACCAACGGUGGUCCUCAAGGUGGAAUCAUCAUGCACCACCUACGCCGUAUUGAGAAAGGUCUGAACGGUGAAACCCUUGCUCCCGAACCCGACGACAUCUUCGACCUGCCCGAAGGUGACGAUGCCAACCUCGACACUCUCGCAGCUGGUUACCAGUCUACUUUGGAUGGUGGUUUGAAGAAGGGCUCCUUAAAGACGUUCGAGGAAGAGGGAGAGGACCCCGAGACUUAUGCGCGCAAUCAAGAGAUCAUCGAGGGCGAGGUUGGCGACAGAGACGCUAGUCACACUCAAGCCAGCUACGAUGCCGACGCUAUGGAUGUUGACGACGAAGCAUACGCUGGUACCGGUCUGACCAAGGCUGAAAGAGAAGCUAGAAAAGAAGCAAAGAAGAACAAGAAAAAGGCCGCCGCAAGAGAGAAGGCCGCUAAGAACAGAGCAGAGGAUUGA